AAUCCCUUUAAUAACGUUUUAUUUUACUAUUGUUGUCCAUUUUUAUCUUGCAAUUAAGAUAGAUAAUCGCAUUUAAUCUACCUUUUAUUACACCACCCUUCGGAAACGUCGCAUCAUCCUUCUUCGGGAUAAUCAUCAAAUGUCAAAACAGACCUGUAUCACCAGCAAAAUUAGGACUGAUAAUGGAAGCAGGAAAAUCAAACCAGAAAAAGUCAAUAAUAGCAUUAGCGUAGUAAAAGUACCAGCUGGAAGCGAAACAUUUAACCAUACCGUUCGCGUACUGGUGCGUACGUGGAUAAUUCCAACAUCUACGUCGUUUCUUCCUAUUUCAAGUCGCCAAAGAGUGAAAACCGUGCGGAAAAGAUGAACGUAAUUCGUGCUAUACAGAUGUACAUUGAUAAAAUGAUCGCUGAUGCCGGACCUGGCAUGAAAUUGCUUAUGAUGGACCGGGAGACGAUAAGUAUCGUGUCAAUGGCCUUUGCCCAGUCGGAGAUGUUGCAGAAAGAAGUGUUUCUGUUCGAACGGCUCGAUUCAGUGCGUUCCAAUGAAAAGCUGAAAUAUCUUAAAUGUAUUGUAUUUAUACGCCCCACGAAGGAUAACAUCUUUCUGCUGCAGCAAGAACUUCAAACUCCGAAAUUUGGCUCCUAUUACAUAUAUUUCAGCAACAUUAUCCCACGGACGGACAUAAAAAUUCUGGCCGAAAGUGAUGAGGGAGAAUCCGUGCAGGAUUUUAAGGAGAUUUACGCUGAUUAUUUGCCGGUCAAUCCGAACCUCUUUUCGCUACACAUCCCGACCUGUCUGCAGGCACUUAACUGGAACCCGGAAGCACUCGAACGUUCCACACAGGGUUUGGUGAGUGUGCUACUAUCGUUCAAGUUCCGUCCAGCUAUACGCUAUCGGGCCGGUUCAACAGCAGCACAAACGCUUGCCAAGAAGGUACACGAAACAAUCAACAAGGAAACGGCUCUGUUCAGCUUUCGGCCACCGGAGGACGGUGCGGCACCACCGCUACUGCUCAUACUCGACCGACGCGAUGAUCCGAUCACACCACUGCUAAACCAGUGGACGUAUCAAGGGAUGGUCCAUGAGCUGCUUACCAUCAAUAAGCAGCGGGUGGACCUGUCGGGAGUGGCAGGUGUACCGAAGGACCUGAAGGAGGUAGUACUGUCGACGGAGCAGGACGAAUUCUACGCUAACAAUUUGUACGCAAACUUUGGCGAGAUUGCCACCACGAUCAAGGUGCUGAUGGACGAGUUUCAGAAGAAGGCAAACGAUCAGCGAAAGAUCGAAAGUAUUGCCGAUAUGAAGAACUUCGUCGAAACGUACCCACAGUUCCGGAAAAUGUCCGGCACGGUAACGAAGCAUCUCGUGCUAAUCAGCGAACUUUCGGUGCAGGUCGGCCAACAGCAACUGUUCGAGGUGUCCGAGCUGGAGCAGGAAAUAGCCUGCCGGGCUGAUCAUUCGACCCAGCUGCAACGGGUAAAGCGGCUCGUAUCGGAAGGCAAGAUCAGUACGGCCAAUGCGCUGCGGCUCGUGUUGCUGUACGCGAUGCGUUACGAACGGCACGCCAACUGUGACACGUCCGGUUUGCUGAAGAUGCUGCAGGAUCGUGGCGGCCGGCCAUACAUUGCACCACGGAUGCUUGAGUAUAUAAGUACCGUGGCACGUCAGGAACUGUUCAACACGGUCAAGAUAACGGACGCAGUUAAGCUGACGCGUAAUCUUAUCAAGGAACUGAAGGGCGUCGAAAACGUGUACGCACAGCACGAGUGUGUGCUGAAGGGAACUCUGGAGGAGAUCGUCAAGGGACGACCGCUCGAUGCACAGUAUCCAAUCAUGGGCAAUGAGGUACCGUUCCGAAGGCCACCAGCCGAAGUGAUAGUAUUCAUUGUCGGUGGUGCGACGUACGAGGAAGCGCUUGCGGUUCAUCGAUACAACCAGGAAGGGUACCGGAUCGUGCUCGGUGGAACAACGAUCCACAACUCCGAAUCAUUCAUCCAGGAAGUGCUUGCCGCUACGGUCGGUGUGCCAUUUAAACAUUCGCGCUCGCUGCAACAGUUCCACCAUGCACCAGCCGGAACGGCUUAAAGGGAUAGGGGAUGAGGAAGGAAUGGAUGCUGCUGCUUCCGUUUUUAAUAAUAGCAAAACGACAGUUUAACAGUUCGUAUUUAAAUUUUCACCGUUGACACCAUUCCUUACACUGAUGUUGGUAUACUACUUCCCGACUGCCUUGCCGUGCGUGCGCGUGUGUAAGAUGUGUAUGUAUAAGUAUAUCCUGCUAGCUUAUUUAUUCGUCCGUGGAAAGCCGUAUUAGAUAAAAAGAAAUAAUAUAACCGGGGGAAAAGUUUAAAACAAAUAAACUCUACACCUGCAUUUAAGUGUAACGAA